CAGUCUGAUGAAUCUUCUUCAUCACUUUUUCCCAGAAAUAAGAAAACUAGAAUCGAUAGACUGUGACUCCUACAAAGUGGUGUUGAUCUUUGAUGGUCUGGAUGAGUGUCGACUUCCUCUAAAUUUCCAGAAGAAUGAGAUAUUGUGUGAUGUGACAGAGUCAGCCUCAGUGGAUGUGCUGCUGACGAACCUCAUCAAGGGGAAUCUGCUUCCCUCUGCUCUCCUCUGGAUAACCACAAGACCAGGAGCAGCCAAUCAGAUCCCUCCUGAGUGUGUAGACCAGGUAACAGAGGUACGAGGCUUCAGUGAUCCUCAGAAAGUGGAGUACUUCAGGAAGAGGAUCAGUGAUCAGAGCCUGGCCAAUAAAAUCAUCACACACCUGAAGUCUUCAAGAAGCCUUUACAUCAUGUGUCACAUCCCAGUCUUCUGCUGGAUCUCAGCCACUGUUCUAAAGAGAAUGUUGGGUGAAGCAGAGAAUGGAGAGAUCCCCAAGACUCUGACUCAAAUGUUCACACACUUCCUGAUCUUUCAGAUCAAACACAAGGACCAAAAGUACCAUCAGAAUUGUGACCCUGAUCCUCAGCAGACCAGAGACAGUAUCAUGGCACUGGGAAAACUGGCUUUCCACCAGCUGGAGAAAGGAAACCUGAUCUUCUAUGAGGAAGAGCUGAGAGAGUGUGGCAUUGAUGUCAGAGAAGUGUCAGUGUACUCAGGAGUGUGUACCCAGAUCUUCAGAGAGGAGGUUGGUCUUCACCUGGGGAAGGUGUUCAGCUUCGUACAUCUGAGUGUUCAGGAGUUUCUGGCUGCUUUAUAUGUAUUUUUCUGCUUUAUUUUAAGAAAUACAAAUGUGCUUGUGGGGCAAAGCACUGGACUUUUUAAUUUCUUCAGAAAUCCAAACAUGUCUGAUCUCCUCAGGAGUUCAGUGGACAAGGCCUUACAGAGUGAGUAUGGACACCUGGACCUGUUCCUCCGCUUCCUUCUGGGUCUCUCACUGGAGACCAAUCAAACUCUCUUACGAGACUUAAUGCCACAGACAGGAAGCAGAUAUCACAGCAAACAGGAAACAGUAACGUACAUCAAGAAGAAGAUCAGGGAGAAUCUAUCUCCAGAGAAAUCCAUCAAUCUGUUCCACUGUCUGAAUGAACUGAAUGAUCAAUCUCUAGUGCAGGAAGUACAAACUUACCUGAACAGAGGAGGUAACAGUUGUCUCAGUGGAACCAGACUCUCUCCUGCUCAGUGGUCAGCUCUGGCGUUUGUGUUACUGAACUCAGAACAGGAGCUGGAUGUGUUUAAUUUGAGGAAAUAUGAUCAACCAGAUGAAUGUCUUCUGAGGCUGCUGCCAGUGGUCAAAGCCUCCAGAGAAGCUAAGCUGUUUCAGUGUAAUCUGACAGAGGAAAGCUGUAGAGUUCUGUCCUCAGUUCUCAGCUCAAACUCUUCCAGUCUGAGAGAACUGGACCUGAGUAACAAUGAACUGCAGGAUUCAGGAGUGAAGCUGCUCUCCGAUGGACUGAAGAAUCCACACUGUACACUGGAGAAACUGAGGAUGUGUUACUGCAUUAUUACAGGUAAAGGUUGUGCUGCUCUGGCUUCAGCUCUGAGGUCAAACUCAUCACACCUGAGAGAAUUGAAUCUGUACAAUAAUUAUCCAGGAGAAUCAGGAGUGAAGCUGCUCUCUGAUCUACUGAAGGAUCCACACUGUAAACUGGAGACACUACACAUUAAUAAUGAGACACUCACCAGGUCUGGUGUAUGACAGGAGUCUCUCCUCAGACCUUUUUUCCAGGAUAAAUCAGUUAUGGUGGUGAAGCGUUAGAACACAUCCAACAUUUCCUGCAGUUUGGGAGCUGAAUCAUUCAUAUUCAGAUGUAGAAGGUCCAUAACAAUGACUGUGACUGAUCACAUCCUUUUAUCCUCUCAGCUACAACUUCACACUUUAACAUAUUUUACAAUCCAAAGUCAAAUCGUUCAGCAUCUACACACAACACAGAGAUAUCAUCACAUCAUCACACUGAUUACACAAAUACACAUCCGUGUGUUGAUGUUUAUAGAUUAUUUUUACCUCUUUAAUUGUAUCUCAUAUUUGUUUCUCCACAGAUGAUUGACUCACAGUUGUGAUCUUGAUUUAUUUAUUUUCCUUUAAAAGUGUCUUCUUUUCAAACCCUUUUCACCAAACAUU